AUGUUCUUCCCUCUCUCUCUCUUCUUCUGCAUUUAAGAAACCUCACUACACGAAGACGACGAAGACGAAGAAAUCGAGCACAUCCAUGGCGAAAGUUCGGAUUUUGAUCGUCACCCUUGUCUUCUUCUUCUUUCUCAAUGUCAAUGUCAAUGGAUUUUACCUUCCCGGCGUCGCUCCACAAGAUUUUCAAAUGGGAGAUGCUUUGAUGGUGAAAGUUAAUAAACUGACAUCUACAAAGACACAGCUUCCAUAUUCAUACUAUUCUCUUCCUUAUUGUCGUCCAGAACAUAUUGUUGAUAGUGCUGAGAAUCUCGGUGAAGUUCUUCGUGGCGAUCGGAUUGAGAACUCGCCUUUUGUGUUUAAAAUGAGGGAAUCACAGAUGUGUGCUGCGGUUUGUCGCGUAAAGCUCGAUAAGAAAACAGCCAAGGCGUUGAAGGAGAAGAUUGCUGAUGAGUAUCGAGUCAACAUGAUUUUGGACAACCUUCCACUAGUUGUUCCAGUGAAAAGGCCAGAUCAGGACAAUGUUGUUGUGUAUCAGCAUGGUUUCCAUGUUGGUCUCAAGGGCAUCUUUGUUGGUAAAAAGGAGGAAAAGUAUUUUAUCCACAACCACUUGACCUUCACUGUUAAGUAUCACAGAGAUAUAGAGACCGAUUCUUCAAGGAUCGUUGGCUUUGAAGUCAAGCCUUUCAGUAUCAAGCAUGAAUACGAAGGUCAAUGGAAUGAAAAGGCUCGGUUAACAACAUGUGAUCCGCAUACAAAGCGUGCAGUUACUAACUCUGAGUCUCCUCAGGAGGUUGAAGAAGGGAACGAGAUUAUCUUCACAUAUGACGUUGAUUUCCAAGAAAGUGAGGUGAAAUGGGCGUCGAGGUGGGACACUUACCUUUUGAUGGCUGAUGAUCAGAUUCAUUGGUUCUCUAUCGUUAAUUCCAUGAUGAUUGUUCUUUUCCUCUCUGGUAUGGUUGCUAUGAUCAUGCUAAGAACACUCUACCGAGAUAUCUCCAACUACAAUCAGUUAGAAACUCAUGAAGAGGCUCUCGAAGAGACAGGUUGGAAACUGGUACAUGGAGAUGUUUUCAGACCGCCAACAAACCCGGAGUUGCUCUGUGUCUAUGCAGGCACUGGAGUUCAAUGCUUUGGAAUGAUUCUUGUCACCAUGAUCUUUGCUUGUCUUGGCUUUUUAUCUCCUUCAAACCGUGGUGGUCUUAUGACUGCUAUGCUUUUGCUUUGGGUUUUCAUGGGACUCUUGGCGGGAUACGCGUCUUCACGCCUUUACAAAACGUUAAGAGGAACUGAAUGGAAGAAGAUCGCUCUGAAAACUGCAAUCAUGUUCCCUGCUACAAUAUUUGUCGCCUUCUUUGUCCUUAAUGCCAUAAUAUGGGGACAAAAGUCAUCUGGUGCUGUCCCGUUUGGUACAAUGUUUGCCCUUGUAGUCCUCUGGUUCGGCAUCUCUGUUCCGCUUGUUUUCAUCGGUGGCUACAUUGGUUUUAGGAAACCUGCACCCGAAGAUCCUGUGAAAACCAACAAGAUUCCAAGGCAGAUCCCAAUACAAGCCUGGUACAUGAACCCAAUCUUCUCCAUUUUGAUCGGUGGCAUUCUCCCAUUUGGUGCAGUCUUCAUCGAGCUCUUCUUCAUACUUACCUCGAUAUGGUUACACCAAUUCUACUACAUCUUCGGGUUCCUCUUCAUCGUGUUCAUCAUUUUGAUCAUCACCUGCGCAGAGAUCACAGUCGUCCUCUGUUAUUUUCAACUCUGUAGUGAAGACUAUCAAUGGUGGUGGAGAUCUUACUUAACAUCAGGCUCUUCUGCGGUUUACCUCUUUCUUUAUGCCGCCUUUUACUUCUACACUAAGCUCGAGAUCACGAAGCUCGUCUCUGGAAUCCUCUACUUCGGGUAUAUGCUUAUUGUCUCAUAUGUAUUCUUCGUUUUCACCGGCGCAAUUGGUUUCUACGCAUGCUUUUGGUUCACCAGGCUUAUCUACUCUUCAGUUAAGAUUGACUGAUCUUUUGAUCACAUUCUGAGAAAGCUAUUUUCAGUUCUCUAUUUCAUUGUUAUCUUGUUGUAGUUCUUUCUUAGAAAACAUUUGUGAUAAUUUUGAGAUAUGUACACAGAAACUUUAUUUUAUUGCAAACAUACAAAAAGCUGAAUUGUGUCAAACAA